AGCUUCAUCGCCUCUCUCUCUUUGUCAAACCUUCUUUUCAGUGCAAAAUCAAAUACAAAUUAUGGGAGAGGUCAAGUUCGUGUCCAAUUGGGAGGGUGUUCAAUCUGUACCACCAGAUUAUAUCUAUCCCCCGGAGAAGAGACCUGGCAACGUCGUCGUUCCGAUGGCCAACGCCAUUCCCGUCGUUGAUCUCUCAACCCGUGAUCGACCUCUUCUCGUUCGUAAAAUCCUCGAUGCUUCUCAAGAAUUCGGAUUUUUUCAGGUGAUAAACCAUGGAGUGUCGAGAAGGGUAUUAGAGGAAACGACGAGGAUAUUCAAAAAAUUUCACGCGAUGUCGGGAGCUGAGAAGGCGAAGGAAUGCUCGAGAGAUCCGUACAAAAGUUGUAGGGUUUACACAAGUAGUGAGAAUUAUAGGAAGGAACAAACUCACUGUUGGAGAGAUGCUUUGAUCUUCAACUGCCAUCCUUUGGAAAAAUAUGUUCAUUUUUGGCCUCAAAAUCCCCCAAAAUACAGAGAAGUGGUCGGAGCGUAUUGUGUUGCGAUGAGAACGUUGGUUUUAGAGAUAUUAGAACUCGUAAGCGAAGGAUUGGGACUCGGGAGAGGAUACUUAGCGAGUGAAAUGAGUGAGAAUCCGUUGAUGUUGGUUAACCAUUACCCACCGUGUCCAAACCCUAGCUUGACCUUGGGAUUGAGCCAACAUUGUGAUCCAAGCCUUAUCACCAUCUUGUUUCAAGAGGUCAAUGGCCUUCAAGUCCUCAAGGAUGGUCAAUGGAUUGGGGUUCAUCCUAUCGAUAACGCGUUUGUUGUUAAUAUUGGCUUCGUUCUACAGGUGAUUAGUAAUGGGAAGCUAAAAGCAGCAGAACACCGAGCCGUGACGAACGCAAAAAUAUCUCGACAAAGCCUAACGUAUUUAGUGUAUCCAAAGGAUGAAGUGACUAUGGAACCAGCAAAAUGUUUAAUAAAUGAAGCCAAUCCUCCACGAUAUCGAGCCCUCAAGUUCAAAGACUUUCAACGAAACUACCUACCAAGGGCUAGCGAUACCAAGGCGGUAAUGGAGUGUAUUGGCUCCAAUUGCUCUUAAAAUUGUUUCUUUUUCUUUUACGAUGUGAAAAAAAAUAUCGUA